CAGUAGAAAAUAACAUUACUAUCCGUUGGAAAUGUUGGCAACACUGAUUCCCUGAUUGCUGACACAAAAUUGCCAACCGUGAAAAAUAAAAUUGUUUAGUUGCAGAACGUCAAUACAAAUGCAAUUUUUCCUCUUUUCUCUUUAAUGUGUUGUUUCAAACGAAAAAACCUUGUAGAAUGAGUGAAAAUGAGGAGCCAAUUCUGUACGUCCUCGUUGUCGGCUUCCACCACAAAAAGGGCUGCCAGGUGGAAUAUUCGUAUCCAGAGCUUUAUCCCGGUCAUCCAAACGAGUGUCCACCCGGUUGGAAGUACCUACCGACAUUAGCAUUGCCAGAUGGAUCUCAUAAUUAUGAUACGGACACGGUAUUCUUCCACUUGCCCAGUCUUGCAAGCCCUAAACAGACUGUAUAUGGAAUAUCUUGCUUUCGACAAAUCCCUGUGGAGAAAAUAAAAAACAAGACAUCAGAUAUAACCAGAGGCACUGUGCAAAAGUCAGUAUGUGUGUUAAGCAGAGUGCCUCUGUAUGGACAGAUACAAGUCAAAAUGCAUCUUAUUACCCAUGCGUAUUUUGAAAAAGGGGAUUUUAGCAAGGUUUCAAUUUUGGAGGAAACCUUUCACCAUUUAAAUGCUGUGAUGAAACAAUAUGAUAUGAGACAACAUAGUUUUGUUGGUUUAUCAGCUAAAGAAUUUAUAUUGCAAUGGAAAAACAAGGCAUUACAGCUUUUCAAGCUGUUGUUACUUGAAAAGAGGGUUAUGUUUUUUAAGUCACCUGUACAUCCCUUAUGUUCUACAAUUUUAACGUUAGUAUCGCUAUUCCCUGAAAUGAUAGAAAAUGGACUAGACCAAUCUGCGUGCAUAAGGUUGUCUAGACCAAUGUCCCCAAUGCCAGAGUACUCAGACGAAGAAUUGAGUCCUGUUGUUAAUAACAAAGUAUUUUCUAAUGGCACAGAUAAAAUCACUACAAAAGAUGACAAAAACGUCGCUAACGAGGCGCAAAAAAAUGGAAUGGUGGAGAGGAACUGUAGUUUGGAAGGCAAAGAAAAUGAUAGUGAAGUAGAUAAUACAGAAUAUGCUUUAGAAGUGACUGAGUCUUUGGAUAAUCAAAUAAAAGAAGAUUCUCCAAUCAGUGCUACUUCAAAUAUAGGCGAGAAGAGUAGUAGUCUUAGAAGAGAAUUGAGUUCGGAUACAAUUUCUGAUGUUGUACAGAAUAAUAUGUCAUAUUUAGCAAAUCUCAGCACAGAAAGUUGUGGAUUUCCUCUAUCAAUUUACACCAAAGGUUCCUUAUGUCUACCCUAUCUAUCUUUGCCUUACAUGGAUCUGUUGUCAGACGUGAACGUUAGGAGUUAUAUUGUUGGAACAACAAAUUUUCUUUUUAAACAAAAAAGGCAACUGUAUGAUGUUCUAGUUGAUAUUGAUAGUGGUAGAAUAGAAUGUCCUGAUAUCAACUUGAGGAAAUAUCUACAUUUGACUACCGAGGAUUUGAGGUUUGCGGAAUAUUUGGUGAAGCAUGCCUCAGAGGAGAGCCAAGAUGAUUUCUUAGACGGAGUUGGAUGGGAAGGUAGUGAAGAAUGGAUAAGGACCCAGUUUAGGGUUUACUUACUCUGCCUUCUAAGGACCUCGAUGAUUCAAGAUGGUGCCAGGGAACUGGAUCAUUUCAAUUCAUCGUUCAUAACUGCGUGGAGGGAGACCCAUAACUAUAAAAUGUGGUUGAGUGGAAUCAAUCCCGGUAUUCUUGAGGUUCACCCAGGUCAUCCCUUUGCUGGACAAUUAUCUUACGCUGAUAUGAAAUUACGACUGGCACAUACAAUGCAAAAUACGGAAAGUGGCCGGAAACUGAACCAAGCAAUGGCAACAACAGGGAAAGCAGUUGCUAAUACAGGAAAAGCUGUUGGUGGCGCGAUCUCCCAAGCCAAGGGCGCGUUCUCGAGUUGGUGGAAUAACUUUAUGGUACCUCCAGACCAAAGGACUGCAGAACAAACCUCCGAACCAACCAACAAAGACAGUUUAGAAACCAAGUCGAACAUCUCAGAAACUAAGUCGAACUGCUCGGAAAGCAAGUCAAGCGGCUCAGAAACUAAGUCAAACUUCUCAGAAAACAAGUCAAGCAGUUCAGAAACUAAACCAAACUGCUCAGAAAGCAGCUUAAAUGGAUCGGAAACUGAGUCGGGCGGAUCAGAAACUAAACCAAACUGCUCGGAAAACAAACUAAACGACUCAGAAGCCAAAUCAAACUGCUCAGAAACCAAAUCAAACUGCUCAGAAAGCAGGUUAAAUGGAUCAGAAAGCAAUUCGGCAGGCAUCCCAAAGAGUAUUCAUAACGAUAAGGAAAAUGAGACGUAUAGAAGAGAACCUGUGGAAAAGUGCAAUAACGGUGUGAUUUUAAGUAGCGAUGGUGAGAAGAAAGAUACAUUUGGGGAAAGUGAGGGACAUCAACCUGGGGAGGUUCACACUGUGUAAUAGUCGAAAAAGCGGAUAAACGCGGAUGCACACCAUUGUCACAUCACACGAGAUAUCACGCAAUCUCACGCAUCUAAAUCUAAAGUGAUUUUUUUGCAGACGCGUGGGAGACAAUAGAGAUAUCGCGAGUUAAUGUUAUAUCUCGUGGUUUGUAUGCAAUUUGUGAGCUCACGUGAUGUGACAAUAACGUUAACCCAGCUUUAGGACGGACGAGGGAUAAAUCUGAGGAGUUUUGAUAUAUGUAUGUAAUUUAUAUUAGUUUUGCAGGAUAUAUUUAAAUUAUUAUAAUGCGAGAUCACAGAUUAAGGAUAUAUCUUUCUCAUACAAAAAAACAAAUUUUUAAAGCGAAAAACCGUUUUCAAAUGCGUCAAUUUUCUAAAAAUAUUUAAUUUCUAAUGUUUUCAUCAGCUUCGUUUGGCCUCCAUAAUCUUGAAAAAAGUAAUUCAAUUUUUAAAACACAAAAAGAACUUCAUAUUUGUCAGUUUUAAAAGUAUGAAAAUCGAAAUCAUUUUUGAAAUAUUUUCGCGAAUUUUUCGCGCAUCGCGAGUGUGGUAAGUAUAAAAAUUGUAUAUACAUGUUUUUGCAAUUUCCUGUUUGCAGUGUUCUCAUUUUUUUGGUCAAAAAUACAUUUUGAUUACUUUUGUCUUAUCACUUUUCAGUUUUCGAAAAAUCUUUGCUUUUCUUGGAAACUCAACUUGUUGCGAGACGAGGCUUCAAGAAAAUCAAGGAUUUUUCGAAAAGGGAAAGUGAUAAGAACGAAAGUAAUAACUCGUUUCAUUCUUCCAUAAAAGGGGAAUAUUCAGCCACAAUUUCAGAGCUGUACUUAUAUUUGUUAACAAGUUCCGAUUGAAAAAAGAAUGCACAAUAAAAUGCAUAAAAAAUGAACUUUAAAAAAAAAUUAAAACGUUGCUGUUUUAUUAUCAGAUGAAAAGGAUUUAGAAUAUUCUGAAGAGAGAUACGCGUUUGAUCUCCAUAAUCUUGAAAAAAAAAAUUUAAAUCAUUACAACACAAAAAGAAUUAUAUAUUUGCCAUAGUUUGAGAAUUUCAACAAAAAAAAAUCCUCAGACUUAGCCCAUUUGUCUUGUUAUUUUUUUCAUGCUUUUCCGUAUCACGAGAGUGGUAGGUAUAAGAUUGUUUUUGCAAUUUUACGUACUGAAUAGCUUACAUAUUGUGAAGAAAGAUACGCGGGAACAAUAAUCCUACAGGUAAAUUUAAAAAUAUUGAAAUUAUAGGAUGGUAUGAAUUUGAAAAAAUAUCGUGUUUUACCAUUUUUAUUCGAUUGCAGUUUGCAUGCAUUGUAAAAAGGUUAAUAAUAAAUCAGUAAAAGUUGGCAGACAUGUGAAGUUCAUCAUCGGCGUCUGCAGAAAUUUUGUCAGCAGCAAGGAAUAAAUUUCUGAGUAUACCCGACCCAAACACUUUUUGAACAGCGGGGGUAGCAAAUUUUCUAAGGGGAGGGGGGGUGACAAAUCCUGAAAGUUGUACACAAACUCCUGCUAAAGAUGCUGAUUUUAAGUUCAUCUAUUGAAAGACAAUGUAUGACUCAAGGUGUAUUUGUGUAGCUCUCGAAAUUGUUCUGAUUUCUUUUCAGUACAUUAUAUUCAAUAUUUUUCUAAUUUUUAUACGAGGAGGUUUUAGUGCGGGAUCGGUUGAUGACUCAGUUAUUCCGCUAUCUACAAAAAGUGUUGCCAAACAUGCAGUUGUUGCGAUAUCGAACAAAGAACACUCACCUUUGAUAACUCACACCUCGACAAUUGUUAUCUCCAGAGUACAGAAUUUUUCGUUAGAAAAAUUUUAUGAUCACAUACUUUCUCCCUGCCUUGUGGUGGAUUUCUUCGACUCGUUUUUGCAUUACAACUAACCUUUUGGUAAAUCAGAUAUAAUGCGGCCAAUAAAAUACAUAUUCUGCCAGAUGUUGAAAAAGUACGUCUUUGCUAUACACAAAUCAUUUUGCAAAGAAGACAAUUUCGAAAUAGAAACGCUUUAAAAAUAGUUUAUUAUACAAUUAUUCCAGCGCAUUUACUAUGUUGUAGUUAUGAAUCACCUUGUAGAUAUAACGAUAUUUUCCCAAUCAGGAUCACAUUCUUGGUUGUGGGUUUUUGCGUAAUUAAUCCCACACUAAAAACGAACCCUGUAUAUACAAUGAGUCAAUAGUGUCUAUAGCGAAAGGGAAUUUAUAAUAAAAAAAAAACGUUAAGCAACAAAAAAAUUGGUUUUUGUGGAGGAUUCUUCUUCUUCACUUCCUAUUUUGAUGUUAGUUUGUUUUUCAAUAUUUAUCAAAUUGUUUCAUUAUUUUUUUAUUAUCCUAAAUUGAUGAUCUACACAAAGGUGCCUAAUAAAAUGUGUCACAUUUUUCAUUACUUCUCAUAUAAAUAUUUUAAGUCAUUUUCUUGUAGUCUUACCCUUAUAUCUUAAUGUUUAAUAGACUUUGAUUUUUUCCUAAUACUCAGAUGGAAAGCUAAGCUUUCACAUUUUUGAGUAAUGUUACUUAUGUAAUUAUAUUUUUUAUGUGUAAAAAUUAUAUUUUUUGUUAAUAUUUUGUUGAUGAUAUUUUUAGUAUUGCCAUUUUUCGUACUUAGUAUGAUUAGAUAUAUUUUUGUUUAUUUUUCUAUAUGGCUGUUUUAGGAAAAUGUUCAUAUUAGGAAACCAAAACUUGUAUGUAACUCAAAAUAAAAUUGUUUUCUGUUAUGUACCUACAUUUUUAUAUAAAACCAAUCGAUAAGUAGAGUAGUCCGUUUAUGUACCUUUAUUCAUAAAAUAAAAAGAACUCGCU